AUAUACGCGUUACUGGGAUCCGCAACCGUACUUUAGAUCAUCAAUUGCAUACUAAACCUACAGGUUCUCCUGUUCAUCCCUAGGCCAGCAAACCACUCAGGGCAAGACGCAGCCUGAGUAGUCCAAUAGGACAUACACAUAACGUAGUAAGUGCAAUAGGCACUCAAAUAGGUCGAUGCGAUACGUCGGAAGGAACGAGACGAGACUCGGGUUGAACCAAGAAAUGUGAUAGUUUGAAUCGCAAGAGUUGGGAUGAAUUCGUUAAAAUCCUCCAAAGCGGUGGAUCCUCUGGACAAUCUCUACUUUCGCGAGAAAAACAAGUCUGAAAACAAGGGCGCCUCUGGAAGUGUAGACACCAGUGCAUAUAAAUGCGAUGUUCUAACUGAAAACUUGGCAUAUGAGCUCAGACAGCUAGAUGCUAGCCUCGAUGAACUCUUUCUCACUCGCUGCGAUCUCGACAGCUUUCAAGGGAUACACAAGUUUCGUGUAAGGGUGUCCCGGAGAAUUAGCAGUUUUUCCUCGAUAUUAAAAACGCUUGCACGUCAGUGCGAUGCAGUCUCUAACAGCAAUCAGAGAGUCAAGCUCUUUACGCUGUAUCAGUUUUAUAAUGAAAGACUCAUGAGGCAUAAAAACAACUUGAGUGAGUGGUGGUCAAAGAAUGAGAGGCACUACCACACCCUAUGUUUAUCAUCAUUUGUUUCAAACAACUCAAAAUUAUCGGAAGAAGAGGAACCAAUUGACAUGUCUGAAGAACAAGUGUACGAAAAGGAUGAAAUCGUAACAAAGAAGCUCAAGGAUACCAAGAAUAUGAUGAUCUCGCAGAUUAAUCAGAUGGAUGCCGCAGAGAUUUCACUCUUGAAGUCCUCUGAUUAUAUCACACAACAACAAGCUUUUCUCAAAGUUUUAAAGGGUAAAUUCAAUACUGCCACAGUACUUUUCAAUGCAAUCAAAAGAAACACUAUGAAGAGAUAUGGAAUUGUGCGUUGUUGUUACUUUGUUUUCAUUUCAUCUUGCUCAUUCAUCGCACUGCGGAGGUUUAGAGCAUUUAAGCUGGCAAGACUGGUAAGUUUUAACCUUUCCCACUAAACCGUUCAUGA